AUGGGUGAUGCUAUGUCCCCAGAUAUACAAGAUUAUUCCCAAACAGCAGCAACUGAGUCCCACCUUUCAUUGCUUCAAUCUCUACUUGGAAGCCAUGAGGCAGCACAGGAAUCUUUGAUUCAUAGUUAUUGGAAGAGCUUUAACGGAUUUGCAGCUCGACUUUCUUCAACUCAUGUCCAACAACUGUCCAACACAGAUGAUGUAGUUUCGGUGUUUGAAAGCAAAAAGGCUCAACUCUUGACAAGUAGAUCAUGGGAUUUUGUGGGUCUCCCUCUGUCUCAGCAAACCAAUCAUUUGGAAUAUCAAAGUGACGUAAUUGUUGGCGUUCUAGAUACAGGGGUAUGGCCCGAAAUAGAAAGUUUCAGCGACUCGGGACUGGGUCCCAUUCCCUCAAAAUGGAGGGGAGAGUGCCAGACAACACCCGAUUUCAGAGCUUGCAAUAGGAAAUUAAUAGGUGCGAAGUUUUAUUAUAAAGGCUUGGGAUCUCAACCAGCUGCUGGUGAGUUCAUCUCUCCAAGAGAUUCAAAUGGCCAUGGAACACACACCUCGUCCACAGCGGCUGGAAACCUUGUCAGAAACGCCAGCCUCUUUGGACUAGCCCAAGGGGACGUACGUGGAGGAGUACCAGGUGCAAGGGUUGCUAUGUACAAGGUUUGUUGGUCACGCUCUUGCAGUGAUGUAGAUCUCCUUGCGGCAUUUGAUGAUGCAAUCUAUGAUGGUGUGGAUGUCAUUUCUGUUUCAAUUGGGUCUUCGACUCUAGGCAUCCUUCCCCCACCUGACUACUUCGAAGAUUGCAUUGCAAUAGGAGCAUUCCAUGCAAUGAAGAGAGGAGUCUUGACAUCAAAUGCUGCUUGUAACGAUGGCUCAUUGGGAUCUGUGUGCAAUUUCUCACCCUGGUCUCUGACAGUGGCUGCAAGUACCAUUGAUCGGCAUUUCAAAUCACAACUUACUUUGGGAAAUCGAAUGUCUUUUGAGGGGAAUGCUAUAAACACAUUCACAAUGGAGCAGCCUUGGUAUCCUUUAGUAUAUGGAGGAGACGCUGCUAACGUUUCUGGCGGAUUUUCUUCAGAGGACUCCAGUGGUUGCCGAUUAUAUUCUCUGGAUCGCAACAAAGUUGAAGGAAAAAUAGUACUUUGCUACUUAGACCCAUAUAAUCUACCAGAUGGUGGAGUGAAUGUAUCUGGAGGGGCGGGUGCCAUAAUAAUGUACAAUGCAAUGAAUGAUUCAGCUUUCUCGUUCAUGGUCCCUGCCACAGUUAUUUCAUCCGAACUGGGAGAGGUUGUCAAAUCUUACAUCAAUUCCACAAGGUCUCCUCUUGCAAGUAUAGCAAAAAGUGUAUCUGGGAACGAUUUACCUGCACCUAUAGUAGCUUCAUUCUCAUCUAAAGGCCCCAACCCAAUCACACCAGAUCUUCUGAAGCCUGACAUCACUGCACCAGGUGUAGAUAUUCUAGCGGCUUGGUCAAAUGCUGCACCAAUGAGCAUGAAUCCUUUGGACAAAAGAGUAGUGGAUUUUAACAUCAUCUCUGGAACAUCCAUGGCAUGCCCUCAUGCCACAGGAGCAGCUGCCUAUGUCAAGUCAUUUCAUCCUGACUGGUCUCCCGCUGCUAUCAAAUCAGCUCUAAUGACCACAGCUUCAACAUUGGAUGCAACAUUAGAUGGCAAUGAAGCUGCAGAAUUAGGAUAUGGUGCAGGGCAGAUUAAUCCUUUCAAGGCCAUCAAUCCGGGGCUUGUGUAUGAUGCCGAUGUAAAUUCUUAUGUCAAUAUGCUAUGUAGCCAAGGAUACAAUGAAACAUCUUUACGUUUACUGACAGGAGAAUUUAUCAUCUGUUCAUCAAAUUUAUCUAAAAACGGAGUAUGGGAGCUUAACUAUCCUUCUAUAAUGGUUAUUGCUAAUGUAAGUGAACCCUUUUUUGCUGAAUUUCCAAGGACAGUUACUAAUGUAGGACCUGCAAAAUCUACCUACCAAGCCAAAAUAGAGGCACCUUAUGGAAUGAACGUUACAGUGGAACCAGAUACACUCAAUUUCACUUCCUCCAACCAGAAGAAGUCAUACAAUGUGAAAAUUGAAAGUCAAAUUGUACCUGAUGAUUACGAUUUGCUCUCAGGUGCAUUGACAUGGAGCUAUGACAAUUGUACCGUGCGCAGCCCAAUUGUUGUAUAUUAUUAUGUGAAACGUUAA